CACACGAAGCCGAGCCAUUCCAGUACGGCUGAGCUGCUUGCGGCACAGUGCCGGCGCUCGUGAUUGUAUGCAUUGUGUUGCUUGCAUGUCUUCGUUUGUAAAACUUUUGUAGAAUGUAUUGCAUUCCAGGGCAAAGGCUCUGCGCCUCUGGUGAUCGAUUUCUUGGAGGAGAUGGCACUUAUGUCCAGAAUGGCUAUGUUUAUUCCAGUCUUGCAGGUUUGAUCAAAAUCCUGCGUCAAAAGGACAAGAAAACAUUGGUUGAAGUACACCGUUGCACUAGACAGAAUGUGCCUGCGCCAGGAAAUAUAGUCACAGUCAAAAUCACAGGUGUCACACACAGAUUCUGCAAAUGCUCUAUCAUAGCCAUUGAAGACUGUGAGCUCUGCGAACCAUUUAGAGGUAUUAUUCGAAAGGAAGAUGUUCGAGAAUUUGAAAAAGACACGGUCGAGAUGCACAAAUGUUUUCGGACAGGUGACAUCGUCCUGGCCAGAGUAAUAUCCCUUGGUGAUGCACUUUCCUACUACCUGUCAACUGCCGAGAACAAGCUCGGAGUAGUUGUGGCUUUGGGUCCCUUGGGUGUUCCAAUGGUACCCGUCAGCUGGACAGCCAUGCAGUGCCCAGUGUCUAGUGUCAAAGAACUAAGGAAAGUAGCCAAGUUGGCACCAGCUACUUAAGUGACUGGAGGGAGGUUGGCUUUGUAUUAAGGGAUUAAAAAUGUCUUUGGCAGUACCUGUAGCA